GCAAGGAGAAGGUUGGAUAAUAAGCGAAUUGAUUAUGCCAAACUUCAAGAGCUGAUACUAAAAGCACCACAUGAGAAUCUUCCACUUACUCUUAAAGAAAAUGGUUUCUAUUUUUCAAUUGCCAAAAAUUACUUCAACAAAGAUACUCCAACUACAAAGGAAGUUAAAAAAAUCUAUAAUGUUUGGUCGAAGAAUUUUGGAAAUGUUCGUGUUAAUGUCCAACAGGUAUAGUUUUCAUUGUCAAUCGAAAUUCCGUGUAUGUCGACUAGCCGAUUCCGAUGCUGUGUGAAGAUAUCCAGGAUCGUAGCGAAUAAAUCUAGGGCCUGUUUACAUGGAUGUUACAGAUAUAGGGUCACUAUACAAUGUAUGGUGACCCUAUCUGGAAGGUUACCAUUGCAAGCGGGUCACCUUAGUGUAAUUUGUUUUGUAGGUUAUCCUAGGGAUAUGGUUGCCAUAUCACACAGAUAGGGUGACCGUGGAAGCAGGGCUAUCUUUUUGUUUACAUAAGCCAUGUAAACGCGUCAGGUUGGAUUACCCUACAAUCGAGUGUUUUAUACGUCCUGCUGUGAUUGCUUGCAAUAAUGUAGCAAGCAAAGGCCCAAGAAAUAGCAUUACACAACUUGUCGCUAAACAUUUCGUUUAGGCGCCAUUUUUUCUAAUACAGACGACUUAGCGAUAGACACACAUAUUAUGCCGGAAUUUCUUUUAGAAUAAUAGGGGACUUUUGAAACCGAGAAUAAUAGUAAAAAGGGAAAAUAAUAAGGAACGUUUAGAUAUGACGUCAUCGUGCCAACGUAAAUUCCCUAAUUAGCGUAUGCGCCAUCCGCCCAUGUGUCAGCGACGCGGCGUGCAUGUGCGUCGUGUACGUAGAAUUUUUGGACUAAUAACAUUAUGCAUUAUUUAAAAUGCAAAUUUCAAAUAAAAUUGAAAAUCUAGACGAAAUUUCCAUUUCCAUUAUAUAUAGAUAAACUUUUUGUUUUCUCCUGGUCUUGGUUCGCCUUGAUGUAAAAUAAUUUUGGGAAUAAUUAAGAAUAAUAUGAUAAAGUCAAGGGAAUUAAGGAAUAGAAUAAUGGGCAAAUAAUGUGUGUGUCCCUACUUAGGUAACGCGCAAAAAUUUUGCGUUUCGGCGCCAUUUUCCUAAUACAAACGGCUUAGCGACUACCCGUAGGUAGGGUUGCCCUACCCUACCUCAUGUAAACGCUCGCCGUUUUCUGACCCGCUUGCUAUAGUUUAUUUAACCCUUCUUAUAUGUAGAGUUACCCUAUCUAUAUGUAAACAGGCCUCUAAGCAUAGAGGUGUUGCCUAUUUGCCGAAAGAUACUAGUUUGACGACUAUCGUUAUAUUCAUUUUCGUAAGUAAAUAAGUAAGAAAAUCACAUCACAUGAGCAUUUUGCUGCGGUAUGCUAUAUAUUGCAUACAACACCAUCGUGUUUUUUCAUAACUAAACGUUAUUAAUGAGCUAAUUAAUUAAUUUAUAUAUAAUUCAUCCGAUAUUUUUAUCGUUUUAGAACAAAGAACAGGAAAUGCAAGGAUGUGAAGAAGAUAAACAUGAAAUGACCGAAGAUAUUCCUCUUUCACCAUCCUCAAUUGUCAGUGAAGCAACAGAAAUACCCAAAAGAACGACAAGACCAAAAAAGAAAGUGAUAAGUCCAAGGAAUGUUUGCAAUUUACGAAGCGUCCGGAAGGUAUGAUAUAGUCUAUUGUACCACCAUGAAAGUAACAAUGUUACAUGAUUUACUUCUGAAAUUAUGAUAGCAUGUAUUGCUUGUGAAUGAACGAAAUUUAAUUCGUUAAUUUUUCUUGUUUCUUGUGUGCAUAUGGAUAAAAAAUAAUUAUUCAUUGUUCCUAGAAGGGGCUCUUUUAUAGCUGGGGUGGAGGGGGGAGCUCUCACUCUGCGCAUGUCUGGAUGCGUUGAUGGCUCGUGUUGUAACACAUGCGCUGGGGAGAGCAAGUGUCAUGUAUAUCAAUAAGAUGUGUACUAAGCUGCACUGAUGAGGCGUAGGACGCCGAAACAUGUAUGUCUGCAGAUUGUACUAUAUAUAUAUAUAUAUAUAUAUAUAUAUAUAUAUAUAUAUAUAUAUAUAUAUAUAUAUAUAUAUAUAUAUAUAUAUAUAUAUAUAUAUAUAUAGAUAUAUAUAUAUAUAUAUAUAUAUAUAUAUAUAUACAUAUAUAUCACUGAGCCAACUUUCUCUAGAGCCCAACAUUUAUAUAAAUCAAUGAAUGAUACAUCAGAGCUCGUAUAACAACUUUUUAUUACGUUUCGGGGCAAGCCCCUUCUUCAGAUUACAUGUGUACACUUGAUUUCAACUAUUUAAACUGUCCAUACCCUAAUUAUAAUAAUUCGCUUGAUUAACUCUAUUGUUCAAACGUCUUUUAAAUUCAACCCAUGCGGUUCAAACGAAUUCAGUUUAUAAGCCCAAAAACCUUCUCUUUGUGUGGGUUUCUCUUUGUAGGGUAUGGACAGUUUAAAUAGUUGAAAUCAAGUGUACACAUGUAAUCUGAAGAAGGGGCUUGCCCCGAAACGUAAUAAAAAGUUGUUAUACGAGCUCUGAUGUAUCAUUGAUUGAUAUAUAUAUAUAUAUAUAUAUAUAUAUAUAUAUAUAUAUAUAUAUAUAUAUAUAUAUAUAUAUAUAUAUAUAUAUAUAUAUAUAUAUAUAUAUAUAUAUAUAUAUAGUAUUUAUAAUAAUUUUGAAUAUAUAUUUAUGAGCUUCAAAUUGACCAGCAUAAUAUUACAUUAUAAGGUUAUCAAAGAUAUUCACGCAAUGUCAUCAUUCUUACUUCCGAAGUUACGUAGCAAUCGCAAUUUACCAGGACGAUCAUCCGUCAAACGUUGGACGAAAAAUGUAAGUUGAUAAUUUACAUAAGACACAUGUGCAACAUGUGUGCUGCCUUGUUAAGUUAAAUUUUAUACAGAAUAUUUUGGGCAUUAAUAUGCAACAUACGAAGAAAACAAUAUACAGAACGUUUUAUUGAUAUGUACACCUGAUUUCCAAAUUACAUGAUCCCACGUCUAUUAGAACAAAUUUUUAUGGUACGUAUUUUUUAACAUUAUAAGGUUGAUUUAUGUAAAAAGGAUUUCGUGUUUGUGCCAGUUUGCGAAAAACAACAUUGAAUAUUAGUGGUAAGUAACUGAUUAAUAGCUACUGCAUGCAUGAUACAACAAUACUGACAAAUUAAUUGCACAAAACUACUGACUACCUAUAUCAAUUUAUAUUUAUUUAUAGGUUUUCGAUCUGAAAAGCGUGACAAUUGAUGGAGAAGUAAAUGUAGGAAUCAUUAAUUCGUUACGUGGUUAUGAUGUUGAUAGCACAUCUGUUUUACAAAUAUUAAGGUAAUUGCAUGGUUUGUUGUAUCACUGUAUUCAAGUUAUCUAUAUAUUCAAUCAAGAUAUGCAUUUUAGAUUUGAACAAAAAUAAUAAUUAUAGUGUACACAAACUUUAGUAAUAUAUAGUUCAUUCCAUGUUAACAUUGUUUGUAUAAAGAGCAUAAUUAACUUCGUAAUCCAAAUACGAAUGUGAACCAAUUAUGAUAAACUACUAUGCAUGUAUACAUGUUUAAAAUAUAAGAUAACACGAAAGAAGUAAUAAAAUGUAUUCAUAUUUGCCUAGAACAUGGAUGCAAGAGGAAUUGAGAGGCACUUUGUCAAAUGCAAUGUAUAGCCAAUUAAGUUGGAAGCAUACACAAUUCGAUGUAAGUAUUUUACUCGAUCUUAUCACUGAGAUCGAUCGUUUCCAAGUCAGUCGCAUGCAAGUUCAUUUCGAAGUUCCAAAGUUCGAAAUUCUGAAUUGUAUAAGUUCACAAACUGGUCAGUAAACUAAGCAUUUGAUUGGCUUCUUUCAAUUCAUGGACUAAUCAGAGGUUUUGUUUGCAAACUGCUUUGUGAAUUUGAAUAUUGAACUUGUGAACUUCGAAACGAAACGAACUUUGGAACAUGCAUUUUGGAAAAGUUCUGUGAAAUUGACUGUAAUACUUAAAAUGUUCUUGUUGCUACUCCGAGUUUCCUGCGUUAAAGGAAAUCAUCAGGAAACGGAUUAUUGCUUCUAAAACGCGGUAUUUUCGAAUAUUGAUUACACUUCACUACAUGUCAUAUAGGCUACGUUCGAAGAAACAGAAUUAUGUAACAGAAAUAUAUGUAAAGCAAAUAACAAUAGUAUAUAUAAUUAUACAUAUAGGUUCCACAGCAAGAUAAUUUGAAUGAUUGUGGGGUAUUCAUUUGUGCGGUAAGGCAUGUAAAUAUUUCAUCCCUAAUUAUUAUGUAUAAUCCGAUCAAUGAAGUUCGUGAUCUCAUUACAAAACGAACGAAAUAAAAUGACCUAUGGCACGUUUGGCUCACCAAAAUUUUCAUAUCUUUAUAUACAUUGAAGUCGGCCUGGAGCCUUUCGAAGGGAACGGAUAGAUUCCACUUCACCCAGGUAUUUAAUGAUUUCAUAAUCAUUGUGUAAUAUAUAUGUUGCAUCUCAUAACUUUAAUUUAUACAGUUGAAAAAAUUAAAUUCUUUGGAACGAUUUUGAUUCAAAAAGUGCAGCGUUUUUUUGUAAGAUAAUCAUUACAUAUAGUAAAAUGAAUUUUUUUUUUUUUUAAACGUCAUAUACUAUACAAAGGCUCAGAGCAAACAAACGCAGAAAGAUUGCAGCUAGAUGUCGAGAUAUUAUAAGUUCCGCCCAAUUUUCUGAGAUAUAUCAUAUAUUCACCUUUAAACGUGUAUCUAUUAUACGUAUGUAUUUAUAUGUAUACGUACAGACGUCUGUUAGUGUACUGUGUAAUUGCUUAAUUUACAGGUAAUACAAAUAGUACAAGACAUGCAUUUUCCUAUUCUGUAGGAGGAUAUUCCAAAUAUAAGACAUUGGAUGAAAUCAUUGCUGCAAAUAGAUAACGAGUAAGACUUUAUUUACUAUUUAGUAACACACUCAUAUAUUGGUAUCCAAAUUGUUUGAAAAUUUGAAUGUAACCGUCUGAUUAAUUAAUUUGUUUACACAGUUUGAAGGCAAUUGAUGAAAAAUUGAUACCUGCGGACACAGUAAGUAUACUGUAUUAUAUAACAGCCCCGGAAACGGAUGAUUGAAAUGAUAAAAAUAAUAAUAUGUACACACAAGAAAUUAUCGCGUGUACAUACAAAUAAUAUAAUCAUAUAUAUAUAGACAUGCAAAAACGUUUUCAUUUAGAUCUUAUUGACAUCCAAUACAUUUUCGAAAAUUUUGAAAUAGAAUUUGUGUAUAUAUGGAAACAAAGAAGUAGUUAGUUUUCCUUAACAAAUAUAUUAACGAAAUCAGUAGAGUGUCUUUUCCGAAAGUUAAAAAGACAGUCAGAAGCCAGAAGGAACGUUCUUGUUUUAUGACGUCACGGCGAAGGAAUCCAGCGUACGUGGAAUUUGUAUGUUAUUUUACUUUAUAUUAGUAACUUUAUUUAGCUUGCAUUACUUCUCCCAGUGCCUUCCCACAAACAAAGGUUCUUUCUUUGCUCGAAAGUUCGUUUGGCGAUUGGCAAACCAUUGGCAAUUUGUCAAACUAAAUAAAUUACUAAUAAGUAAAAUAACGUACAAGUUCCACGCUGCAUUCCUUCACUGUGACGUCAUAAGACUGAACGUUUCUACUGGCUUCUGCAUGACUGUCUUUUCAACUUCCAGAAAAGACACUCUACUGAUUUCGGUAAUAUACAAAUUUAACCUUUUUAGAACAAUAAAGCAGACAAUGAAAGUCGCUUGGUGCAGUCUGAUGAAGCAUCAAGUGAAGAGUGAGUGUAAUUAUAGAUAAAUAAUAAACAAUGGCAUAUGCUUCGUACGCCAACGUACGCUUGAUGACGCGAAGCAUGCAAUCCUAAACUGAAGGUAAAUGAUAUCACGUCAAAGGCGUCAAACAGCAUGAAUGAUUGGCGGUUCGUUGUCGAUCAUUUAAAUAAUAGAAGAAUUUGGACGUAUUAGUGUUAUUUUCUAUGAUUUUAUUAAUGUAUUAAAAUAGGCGAAGAAAGAUAUACAUUGUAAUAAGCAAUUUUUAAAAUGAUCAAAUCACAAAUGUUAGGGUGCCCAAUUUAAAUAAAUAAUGAUAAAUGAAUAAAUACAUAAAUAAAAUAAAUAAAUAAAUAACGCUCAUCGUCUAUAUAUCUUUUAACAACCCAGGGAUGGCACAGCAGAUCACGUCUUCUGGAACGAUAGGAAAAACGAAUUACCUACCUUUGUAAGUACAUUAUUUUAUUGGUAAUUAUUAUUAAUACUAGCAAAUCAAUGACAUUGCUCAGUAUAUUGUACUCCUACUCCUAUAGAUUAAAGAACUUUGGCCAAAACUGCUACAAUUUUCCUUAACGAGAAAAACACCGUAAGUGUAAUAGUGUAAUACACUUGUGACAAUCUUUAGGUAUAUUAUAUGUAUACAUAUAUAUAUAUAUAUAUAUAUAUAUAUAUAUAUAUAUAUAUAUAUAUAUAUAUAUAUAUAUAUAUAUAUAUAUAUAUAUAUAUAUAUAUAUAUAUAUAUAUAUAUAUAUAUAUAUAUAUAUAUAUAUAUAUAUAGAUAUAUAGAUAGAUAUAUAUAUAUAUAUAUAUAUAUAUAUAUAUAUACUUUAUAAUUACAUUUUAAUAUACAGUGCUUUCCUUAUCAGAACCCAAGAGUUUCAAAAAUGGGAUUGGAUUUUGGAAGACCAUUCUCAGUACAUCCAUACAUUUGGAAAGUCGCUAUUGCGGAGGCAGUUUUUCAAAUAUGCAGAUAUACCUGAUAAGGUAAGUACAAGAAAAAACAGUGAAGAAUUCCAAAUAAAAUAAUUAUGGUAAUUAGACAAUUAACUGCUGAAGUUCGAAAAGCAUGCUAACAUAUCGAACUGUACAUUCAAACGUAUCUUUCGCUUAUACAAUGUUAAUCAAAUUAAACAAUUAAACAAAUUACCACUCGGAAAACGAUUCUAAAUAUUACGGACAUGUUAAACACAGGGUAAUUUAGGCCUACCUGCAAAUUGCAACAUAUAUUGUAUGUCACGCGAUAAAAAGUUACCUACUGCAAUUUAAUAUACAUGUACUUGAUUUCAUCUUUAAUUUCAGGUGGUUGAAUUAAUCACGAAGACGCUAUUUUCAAUAGUACGACCAAGAACUGAACGAAAUCCACGGUAAAUAUGAAUACAAAUAUGUUGAUUAGAUAAAUUAAUUUCAAUACCUCAUUCCAUUUCCAAUACCAUAUGCAUUUCAUUCGCUUUAAUACCGUUAACAGUGACCCAAGAAAUGUGGUUCGGAGCCAAUAUAAAUUUGUUUACAAAUUACAAUUGUGGUCCCAUGCAACUAGCCAAGACAAGUAAGUGCAGAAUCAUAUAUCUGUGUGUACGUGCCAAUGUCCAAAAGAUUAACAAAUAAUUAAAAUGUUUUUACUUUUAUAUUUUUAGAGACUCCUAUAUAUACAACGUACUACUUCCAGAGACCAUUGCUAAUAUCCUAAUCAAAUAUAAAAACAUCACACGAAAAGACGCCAUCAGCAUGAUUAUCAAGCAGAGAUUAUGA